ACCGUCCCAAUAAAAAAACUUGAAUUGGUUGAAGAACAAAAGCUUUUUGAUUUGGGAUUUCACCUGUAAUGAAGCUGGACUGUUUCCCUGGUUUUCUUCUAAUAAGUUCGAUUAUAAUUCUGCUCCAAAUGCACAAUCUUUUGUUACUCUAAAUGAUUUCACUUUGAUUUAUUUUUCAAAAGGUGAAAUUGUGGUGAUAUUUGGGGGUUGUUUUGGCGAAACCCUGAUUUGGGUCUGCUUUGGAAUAACCAAUUCCCGUUUCCCAGGACGGGAAAUUAUCUAUGAAGUAAGAAGAUGGUUUCUUUGUCAAGUUUGUGGUGGUCUUCUCCAUCUUUACCCUCUUGUAGCUCUUCUCGGUCUACUGCGUAUGGCGUUUCGGGUGCAAAGAGAAUCGAGUCUUGUGUAUAUAAGCAGAAAAAGAAGAAAAGAAAUGUUAUUUGUGCUUGCAUGGCCCCUCCUCGGAACUUGGAAAGCGAUGGAUUCUCUGGGACCAAAUUCAAUGAAUCAUUUAAAUCUGAGAGUUUAAGCAACGCAUUCCAGCAUGAGCAUGAUGACUCUGAUGUUCUUAUUGAAUGUCGAAAUGUCUACAAAUCAUUUGGUAAAAAGCAUAUCUUGCGAGGUGUUAGCUUCAAGAUUAGACAUGGUGAAGCCGUGGGGAUUAUUGGCCCUUCUGGAACUGGGAAGUCUACCAUUCUCAAGAUUAUUGCUGGACUUCUUGCUCCAGACAAGGGAGAAGUUUAUAUCCGAGGAAGAAUGAGAGCUGGUUUGAUCAGUGAUGAAGAAAUUUCUGGUCUUCGGAUUGGACUGGUGUUUCAAAGUGCAGCACUUUUUGAUUCUCUAACUGUUCAUGAAAAUGUUGGUUUCCUUUUAUAUGAAAAUUCAAGAAUUCCAGAGGAUCAAAUCUCACAGCUGGUGACAGAAAACUUGGCUGCUGUUGGUUUAAAGGGUGUUGAGGAUCGGUUGCCUUCUGAGUUGUCUGGUGGAAUGAAGAAAAGAGUUGCUCUAGCUCGUUCUAUAAUUUUUGAUACCAUGAAGGAAUCAAUAGAACCUGAGGUGCUUUUGUAUGAUGAACCUACAGCAGGACUUGAUCCUAUUGCAUCCACUGUAGUUGAAGAUCUCAUCCGGUCAGUACAUAUGAAAGGUGAGGAUGCUGUUGGGAAACCUGGGAAGAUUGCAUCUUAUGUGGUCGUUACUCAUCAGCAUAGUACCAUUAGAAGAGCUGUUGACAGGUUGUUGUUUCUACAUGAAGGGAGGGUUGUUUGGCAAGGAAUGACUAAAGAAUUUGCGACAUCAACAAAUCCAAUUGUUCGACAGGGGCCUGGCUGGGCCAAUCAGAUAUUAGUUCAAGUACCUAAGGUUACUGCUAUUGAUUCAUGGCCAUAGAUUUCAGCAUCUACUAGGGUUGCUAUAAUAUCAUUUUUAGCUUCACCAAGUAAAAUCUAGAGCUAAUCUAUGAACCUCAAGAAGGGUUUUUUGACCAUUGUCUCUGCUGGUCAAUUCAUAGUGUAUAACUGACUCUUUUUUUGGUUUUCCAUUUGCUUUUCUUGUCCCUUUAUUGAAGUAUUUGGGAGGUCCCUAACUUGCCUUUGAAUUUGCCAAAUUUUUUUUUUCAUUUUUUUGUCUGGCCAUCUGAGAAUGAGAGUUUGAAAUUGAUGAAAUUGGGAGUUUUAUUGGUUCUUCUUUUUUUUUUUCUAUCCUAUCAAAAACGAAGAGCUAUGUUUUCAAGAUAUCCCACGAAAGCUUCAGUGACUUGAAAAUUCAAUUUUACCAUUUCAAUUUUAUCCUUCUAUCUUUUGUUCAGCUCAAACUUUGCAUUUUAUGUAGAGCUGCUUUUCAAUUUCUCACACUUGCAUGGGAAGGUAUUGGUUGGAUGGUUAUUGCAACACCCUCAUGGUAUAAAUUUAAGUCUGCACA